AUAAAUGGCAACAAUGAAAGGAAGCAGACGUUUUGUUUUUGUUUAUAUGGCGCGAAGUUUUGCUCUUAUAAAUAUUUUUUAAACAAGUUUUAAGAAACAAUGCAAUCUAACAUUUUGUUCUGCUAUGUUUAAUCAAAUAUGCUUCCACAACGGCAAACUUUUUAUACCUAUCAUCAGUGGACGCAAUGCUUUCCUGACUGUCUAUGAACAUAUUAAUUUACCAAAGCAAAAUUUCCGGGAACUACUCCGUUUGGAAAUACCUAUAAGAACAUCACUCAAACCGAAAACAAUUGUCGUGGACACAACUAACAAUUCAAUUUUGGGAUUGAAAUGUAUUGUAAUUCUAGUGAUUGGUUUUAAGGGGGAUUGUAACGUUUUAAUAUAUUCAGAAGUUCUAGAAACUCUGAUUGAGAUUCACUAUUUGGAAUGUUUGUCUAUGCCUAUCAUCCCUAAUGGCAACAUAUUUGUAACUGACAGUCCUUUAUUACUUACAUUGUCUAAUGAUUCAGUAGAUUUUUACCCAUUUACUAAAAUAAAUAAUAGAAUCAGUUUGAAUAUUUCAUCGUUAUUUCAUUUGAAGCAGACGAAAGUGUUACAAGUUGAAUGUAUUGGACAGAUUGUUAAGAAUAAUUUAUUAAGUGUAAUAGUACUCGUUCUCUCUGGCACUGUAAAUAAUGAGCAAGAAAUCGGCAUAUUAGCCGCUGAAAUAUCAGCUGAUGCUGUCACAAAUUGUAAAGAACUUAGUGUCAAAACCUUCUUUCCACAAUUUCUAAAAAGCCAUGCUAAGAAUGUUCAUAUAUCUAAUUUAUACAUUUCUAGCAGCGUAUCUGAAUUCGAAGAUAUUAAUUGGAAGAACAAUUUUUCAGUUAUCUGCACUAUAUCUGAAUGUUUUAUUUGUUUUAAAGGAGAACUGAAAUAUGUAACUGUUCUGCCCUUUCAUAAUGUAUCUUAUAUAUUGGAAGAUCUUAAUCCUCAUUCAUUGGAUGAUUCAUCUAUGAUAUUUAUAUCUUGUGAAAAAGAAGUAGCUCUUUUUAAAUUAAAUAAGCAUUCUAAUGAAUUUCAGCUGAAAAAGAAUUGGACUGAGAUUCAAAGUAUUGUUGUUGCUGAUGUUCUAAUGACUGGUUCUAAACAGCUGUUACUUCUUAAAGAUGGAACUUUUAAUGGUUUUCAAGAAGAUUACAUUCUAAUGGAUAUAUCGAACUUUGUACCUGUAGAUAUCUUAGAUCAACCUACUAUUCCUGUUGAAUGCUUGAACCCAACAAUUUCUGGACUCAAUGCAAAACUUCAGUCUGGUAAACUUGCUGUUGCCAAAAAAGUUUGUGAAAUUGAAGAAAAAAAGAAUGCAAUUCUAGAUGCUUUGAACAGGUUAAAGACUGAUUCUUGUGAUUGCAGUGAAGUGGAAACUUCUACUUUUCAGGAUUCCUUGGUUAAUCUCAUUCUUUGUAAUGAUGAAAAUAAUAAGAUGGACAUGGAUAAGAGAAGGGAUAAGCAAUCCUUAAAAAUUCUAAAUCAUUGGAAAAAGUUUUUUGACAGCAGGUGGUUUUUAUGUUGGACAUUCAAGAAUGAAAAUGACAGUGUUAUCUGUUAUCCAGCUUUAAAAAUCAUCAUAGACAAUCAUAAAAUAUUCUGUUGCCAGAAAAUAUUUGUCCAUUCCUCAUCAUCAUCUUUUUCCUUAGAAGACAAUAGUUUAAAUCAGUUAAAACCUCAAGAAACUUUCUCUAUUUUAUCCUGCAUGGAAUUUCUACAUUUUUGUGCAGACUCUAUCGAAGUGCAUGCUGUUUUAUCUUGGUAUUCAGGAUCUCAAGAGGAGUUCCGAAAUGAAUUGUUUCUGCCUCAAGGUGACAAGUUUCUUCCGCAAAACCAGAUGCCUCUCACUACUUCCCUAGAUGUUGCUAACAUUUUAUCCAUUAAUCACUGUGAACUUCCAGUUACAGAAAAAUUGUUUUGUUUGAGGCUUACCAAUCAAAGAAUGAUUUUUAAGGUCUCGAAUAAAUUCUCAAAUUCAUUGAUCCUGGAAAAUAUGCUCUUGAAGUCAGAACUUGGUUCACAACUCUUAAGUUCAAUUGAAAUGUCUUCUUCAAAAAUACUGAUAUUUAAAAAUGAAAUAUCACCUUUGUUUGGAAUCCACUUUAAGUUUAUUUUCUUGGAGAAUAAUAAUGUUGAAAUAGAAGCAUUUGUUAAAAAUGAUGACGAUCUCUUGUUGUUGAUGCAAUUUUUUCAUCAGUGUUUUCCUGAAGAUAUUAUCAUCAUUCCCUGUGUCAAGACUUGUAAAGAAAUAUCUGAAAUGAAGCAAAAAGUCACAUGUGCGAUGAAAGAAGAAACUGAUUUUCUAUUUGCUUCAUUAAAUGCUCAUAAUAUAUCUUCACAAGUACAGGGAACUACAAGUACACCAAUCCAACCUGGGGUAAUAGUGAUUCCUAAAAACACAUUUUUAAGAAUAAGAAGAGCUCUUAUCAAAAAAGAGUACAUUACUGAUGUAACAUUACGUAACAUUUCGACUGUCGAGUUUUUGAAUAAAAGAUAAUAUGCUA